AGACCAGACCAGACUUUGCGAGCAGUGGAGCAAAGGCUGUUUUCCGUGGGUGCUUGAGGCUUAAGCAAGAGGCUCAUUGAGAUUUGAGACCAGGAGAGAUGUCUGGUCUCCGCGGAUCCGACGGUAGCAAAUGAACCUCACUCAGAUCGGAGGGGAGAAACUAGGCUAGUUGGUCUGGUGCCCCUGGCACUCGCUGCACCUGCAGUUUCCUUCUCCGGGAUCUCAAUUCUCAUCUGGGAGAGGGCGGGCGAGAUCCAUUCCAGUCGCCCCCAUUCACUCCCCUUCCUCGUCCGUCCUCUUCCUCCCUCCGAUCCACCGCUCCCCCUACCCGCCGGGCCGCCGCUACCUCGAGCGAGCGGAGAUCUCUCUCCUCGAACGGGGGGGGAGGAAGAUGCUCACCAAGUUCGAGACCAAGAGCAACCGGGUCAAGGGCCUCGCCUUCCACCCGCGCCGCCCAUGGAUCCUGUCCAGCCUCCAUAGCGGAGUCGUUCAGAUGUGGGACUACCGCAUGGGCACCCUCCUCAACCGCUUCGACGAGCACGACGGGCCCGUCAGGGGCGUCCACUUUCACGCCACGCAGCCGCUCUUCGUGUCCGGAGGUGACGAUUACAAGAUUAAGGUCUGGAAUUACAAGACUCAACGCUGCCUAUUCACACUUCAUGGGCACCUCGACUACAUUCGCACUGUGCAAUUCCACCAUGAGUGCCCAUGGAUCGUAAGUGCUAGCGACGAUCAGACAAUCCGGAUCUGGAAUUGGCAGUCACGCACAUGUGUGGCCGUGCUAACUGGGCAUAACCACUAUGUCAUGUGUGCCUCCUUCCAUCCCAAAGAGGAUCUGGUUGUAUCGGCAUCACUUGAUCAGACCGUGCGUGUCUGGGAUAUUGGGGCUCUGAGAAAGAAGUCAGCAUCACCUGCCGAUGACAUCCUCCGCCUCACUCAGAUGAACACAGAUCUAUUUGGAGGUAUUGAUGCUGUAGUCAAAUAUGUCUUGGAAGGCCAUGACCGCGGGGUCAACUGGGCCUCAUUUCAUCCCACUUUGCCUCUCAUUGUUUCCGGGGCAGAUGACCGGCAGGUGAAGAUAUGGAGAAUGAACGAUACCAAGGCUUGGGAAGUUGAUACGUUGAGGGGCCACAUGAAUAAUGUGUCUUGUGUGAUGUUUCAUGCGAAGCAAGACAUCAUCGUGUCUAACUCAGAAGACAAAAGCAUUCGUGUUUGGGAUGCCACAAAGAGAACUGGCAUUCAAACAUUUAGGCGGGAACAUGACCGUUUCUGGAUUCUUGCUGCUCACCCUGAAAUGAACCUUCUUGCUGCUGGUCAUGACAGUGGCAUGAUUGUUUUCAAAUUAGAGAGGGAACGCCCGGCCUUCUGUGUCAGUGGUGACACAGUUUUUUAUGUGAAGGACCGGUUUCUAAAGUUCUUUGAAUACUCCACACAGAAGGAAGUUCAGUUGGCUCCAAUAAGAAGACCUGGGUCAGUCAGCUUGAACCAGUCACCCAGGACACUAUCGUAUAGUCCAACUGAAAAUGCUGUCUUGAUUUGCUUUGAUGCUGAUGGGGGUUCAUAUGAACUCUACAUUGCUCCCAAGGAUUCUGCUGGCAAGGCUGAUUACUUGCAAGAGGCAAAGAAGGGAGCUGGUGGUUCUGCUGUAUUUGUGGCACGCAACAGGUUUGCAGUCCUUGAGAGGAGUAGCAAUCAAGUUUUGGUGAAGAAUCUGAAGAAUGAAAUCAUGAAGAAAAGCCCCCUUCCUAUUGCGACAGAUGCAAUAUAUUAUGCUGGGACAGGUAACUUGCUGUGCAAGGCUGAAGACCGGGUGGCCAUCUUUGAUCUUCAGCAAAGGCUAGUUCUUGGUGAGCUACAGACACCUGCUGUCAAAUAUAUUGUUUGGUCCAGUGAUAUGGAAUCUGUUGCAUUCCUGAGCAAGCAUGUUGUGGUUAUAGCCAGCAAGAAGCUUGUCCAUCAAUGCACACUGCAUGAAACCACCCGUGUGAAAAGUGGUGCUUGGGAUGAGAAUGGCGUGUUCAUCUACACCACACUGAACCAUAUGAAGUACUGCCUUCCCAAUGGCGACAGUGGGAUCAUAAAAACCCUUGAUGUUCCUAUUUACAUAACAAGGGUUAUCGGGAAUAACAUUUUCUGCCUAGACCGUGAUGGAAAGAACAAGCUGAUUGCAGUUGAUGCAACAGAGUACAUUUUCAAGCUCGCUCUUCUCAGAAAACGCUAUGAUCAUGUUAUGAGUAUGAUCAAGAACUCCCAGUUGUGUGGGCAGGCUGUGAUUUCUUAUUUACAACAGAAAGGUUUUCCAGAAGUUGCUCUUCACUUUGUGAAGGAUGAGAAGACCAGAUUUAACUUGGCCCUUGAGAGUGGUAACAUUCAAAUUGCAGUUGCUUCUGCAAAGGAGAUUGAUGACAAGGAUCACUGGUACAGGUUGGGAAUUGAGGCCCUGAGGCAAGGAAAUGUUGGUAUCGUGGAAUAUGCAUACCAACGAACAAAAAGUUUUGAGAGGCUUGCUUUUCUGUAUCUCAUUACUGGUUACUUGGACAAGGUGGGCUUCAUGUACAAAAUUGCUGGACAGAAUAAUAAUUUGAUGGGACAAUUUCACAAUGCAUUGUAUCUUGGGCAUGUUAAUAAGAGAGUUGAGAUCUUGGAAAAUGCUGGGCAGCUGCCUCUUGCUUAUGUUCUUGCUGUCACACAUGGGCUCACUGAAAUUGCUGAGAGGAUUGCUGCUGAAUUAGGCGAGCAUGUUCCUUUGCUGCCUGAAGGAAAAUCACACUCGUUACUGAUCCCCCCUGCACCUCUCACAGCCUGUGGUGAUUGGCCAUUGCUGAGGGUAGUGCGUGGUAUUUUUGAAGGUGGACUGGAUUCUACUGGAAGGGCAGAGCUUGAGGAAGAUGAUGAAGCUUCUGGUGCUGACUGGGGUGAUGAGGACUUGGAUAUUGUUGAUGCAAGUGAGGUGGUGGCAAAUGGUGGCGAUUAUUUUGAUGCAGAGGGUGAACCAAACGAGGAGGAGGGUGAGGAAGGUGGCUGGGACCUGGAAGAUCUGGAACUUCCACCUGAUACAGAGACUCCAAAAUCUGCUGGCAAUGCUCGCUCUCCUGUAUUUGUCACUCCAACAGCAGGCAUCCCUGUCAGCCAAAUUUGGACUCAAAAAUCUUCUCUGGCUGGGGAGCAUGCGGCUGCAGGGAACUUUGAUACAGCAAUGAGGUUGCUUAGCCGACAAUUGGGCAUCAAGAACUUUGCUCCGCUGAAGCCCUUGUUUCUUGAUCUGCAUAUGGGCAGUCAUUCAUAUCUGCGUGCCCUUGCUGCUGCUCCAGUUAUAUCAGUUGCUGUAGAGAAAGGUUGGAAUGAGUCCGCAAGUCCUAAUGUAAGAGGCCCUCCUGCACUUAUUUUCAGCUUCUCACAAAUGGAAGACAGACUCAAGGCUGCCUACAAAGCCACAACUGAGGGCAGGUUCCCAGAAGCACUGAGGCAGUUCCUUAGCAUCUUACAUACGAUUCCUGUAAUCGUUGUAGACUCACGGAGAGAAGUUGAUGAAGUGAAGGAAUUAAUUGAGAUAGUGAGGGAGUAUAUUCUUGGUCUGAAGAUGGAACUCAAGAGAAAGGAAUUGAGGGAUGAUGUGACCCGCCAACAGGAGUUGGCCGCUUACUUCACAAAUUGCAAGCUUCAGAGAAUUCAUAUGAGGCUUGUGCUUUCUAGCGCCAUGGCUCUUUGCUUCAAGCAGAAAAACUAUGCUACUGCAGCACACUUUGCAAGGAUGCUUCUUGAGAACAGCCCUCAAGAGGCUCAAGCAAGGAAGGCUCGACAGGUGCUGCAAGCUUGUCAGGAUAAGGAUGAUUCUCACCAACUGAACUAUGACUUUAGAAAUCCAUUUAUUGUUUGCGGUGCUACAUAUGUUCCAAUCUACCGUGGCCAAAAGGAUAUUUCUUGCCCAUACUGUGGAUCCCGGUUUGCUCCUUCCAUCGAAGGGCAGCUUUGUACCAUAUGUGAGCUUGCCAUAGUUGGGGCAGACGCCUCAGGCCUGGUCUGCUCCCCUACGCAGAUGAAGUAGACGUCUGCUGUUAUCACUUGCUAUAUGCUCCAGGAGUCAGGACUGUUGAGUGACCCAUGGAAGCUAUGCUGCGUAUGAGAUGUUUCUUUCACACUUCACAAUUCCUUUUGGCUAUCUUAGGGCAAUCUAUAAUCCGGUUCUAACCUUUGCUUGAUAGUAGCUUUUAUGUGAUACUAUAUUAAACUUUAUGGUAAUUGCAUGGUUGCAAAUGUAACAGAAGUCAUGUAUGUCUGAUGAACCAUUGCACUGUUUUGUUGGGGCUGAAAGAAUUUGUUGAUGAACAUCAGGUGACAAGCAGUAGAUCGCUUCAAUGUUCUUUUACUACCUUGAAUUAUGAAUGCGAAGUUUCUUAUGUAUGUCUGAUGAACCAUUGCACUGUUUUGUUGGGGCUGAAAGAAUUUGUUGAUGAACAUCAGGUGACAAGCAGUAGAUCGCUUCAAUGUUCUUUUACUACCUUGAAUUAUGAACGCGAAGUUUCUUAAUUGGCAAUAUAUUUAAAUUGUCUGCUGGCUUUGUUUGGUUAAGCUAGAUCUCUCCUACUACCUGGCUCUUUAUGACUAAUUUCCAGAAGGCACUCUGUUGCACACCUAUUGUUUGAUUUAAUUGCUCUGUGGGACUUGUUUGCUUAGUGGCAUGAGUGAUAGAUGAGGAUUGUUUGUAUCUUAAAAACUCGGCCGGUAGGGGAAAGACCGUCCCCACGGUAUUUAUAUUAAGAAGAAGCUCAAUCGGAACCCCGACCGAAAAAGGUCACGAAAGCUGCCCCCUCGUGCAACAAGAGGGUCCACCCCCUAUAGGUCAGAUCUUUACUCGUGUUUUGAGCCCUCCCAGCCCCUACACGAGGAUCUGUCCCCAUAGGUCAGUCCAUCUCAUGUGCACAGAACUAGAAGAACCAGCAAGUGUGAGCUUUUUUAACCUUAGCCUGAAAUUCGCUCACACUGGAAUUCGAACUCAUGACCUAAGGACUGCUACUCAUACCGCCUAACCAACUCGGCUAGAGGCCCUUGCGUAAGGAUUGUUUGUAUCUUAUAAUGCUAAUUACCUUCAAAUUUUAUCUGGUUUACUCAGUUUGCAUAUCCAAUUAAUCUCUUUAGAUUGUUGUACUUGCUGAUAUUAGCAUUCUGCCCUCAUAGCUAUUUGAUGUGACACUUACAAUUUAAUUUUAUAUUCUUAGUUUUUAUGAAAGUAAGCGUCUAUUUUGUACUGUCUUGACUCUUGCACUUUUUUAUCCUAGUUUAGAAUACUAGAAUUAUAUGUCGUAGCUAUCAUGCAGUUUGCAUCUCCAUUUCUAAAAUUUGUUUAGGAUGUAAUUAGAAACUCUAAAGUGCAUCUCGUGUAUUGUUCUGCAAAGCUGAUCAUGGUUUUAGCUGAUUGCUUUAUCCUAAUCCUAGAAUUUACUAGUAAUUCCUUGUCUAGAGUACAUUCUACGUUUAGGAUAAAAUUUAUAGAAUGUACUCUAAUUCCUUAUCGUACAAGGAAAAAAAUGUCAUAGUUAUCUUGCAGUUUGUUGGAUUUGUGACUAUUGUUGAAUUGUGUUGUAUUACUGUUUGCUAACUUCAUUUACUAGCCUGUACAGAUUGAUGUGAGAUUAUUAGCACAAGUAGCUCUUUUUUUUUCCAAGUAUGAAAUGUUGAUCUAUUUAUGUUACGACCAAUAUUGGAUAUGACACUGUACUGGAUUGGAAGAAUGCUUCGUAGUGUUGAUAUAAGUGCAUGCCUGCUUAUCUUUUUGUUUAUGUUUAGCUAGUAAUUCCUUUCCUCUUCAGCCAAGUGUCUAACAUUAACUUUUACAGUUUGAAUUUGCAAUCAAUCGACAUUAGGUGACGGAAUGCGGUUGAUGAUUUUUUUUAUGCUGAUUGCAGAUGUUAUCUUACCUCCUGCUGUCCGCAUCUUCAGCAGCACCAUCUCGCAAUGAUGCCUGGAUGUCUUGAUUUGGAGGGGAUGAAACAAUUCACCGAACACCAAACUUAUCAACGCCCUCCAUGUCAUUCCAAAUUUUCGUCUGGAGGGGAUUCAUCUUGGUCUUGUCUCAAUUAUCGCAGCUGCGUUUUCAGCUCUAUUUUGUAAACAUAUUGAUGUACGAUAGCUGAUGUGAGUGCUGGUUCACUGAAACGAUUUUCUGUUAUGGCAUAUGCCAUUUUAAUCUCUACAGUUUCAGUAUAUUGCACAGUAGAUUGUACUCAAACAUUUAAAAUUUGAUUGUACCAAGGAUUGAGACCAGUGUUUUAACACUGAAAAAUUAUGAUUGAUACACAACCUUUUGUCACUGAAUUGAUGGGUAGUAA